CGGCGGGGGCGCCACGUGCCUCCCGCGGGCCCGGCCGCCCGGCGGUUGCCAUGGAGACGCGCAACAAUGGCGUUCCCACGGCGACCCCGGGAGGAACGCCUGGCAGCCCGGCGCGAGGCAGGGGCCGCGGCGCGCCCUGGCCCUGCGUGGCAUUUUAAUCCACGAGCGUCUCCCCGGAGCGUUCGGCCCCCGCCGGCUCUGAAAUACACGCGGGACCAGGACACGCGCCUGUGGCCUGUGCUGCGGUUGUGCUAACUUGUCCCAGCCUAUUGGAGUCAGGGCGGCAUCUGGUCCGAUGGCUCUGCUCCUGGGGCGGCUAAUCCAUCCCCUCCCCCCCCGCGCGCGCGGAGCCCUGUGCCGGGGCCAGCACCCGAAGCGCCCCCUCUUCUCUAGCGGGCAGCGGUCCUCCAACGAAGCAUCACACCAUAGAGGUGGCCUAUCCAGUGGCUAGAAGGGGUCGCUUCCGCUGUGUGUGUCUGUGGGGGGCGGGGCUGUUUCCGGUUCAGCGCAUGCGGCUGCGGGAAGCCGCCCGGGCUGUUGCUGCUGCCGCGCUUGGGCCUGGGACGGGGGCGAGGCUGAGCGGCGGCAGCCGGGCCCCCAUGGCGAAGAGCAAGUUCGAGUACGUGCGGGACUUCGAGGCGGACGACACGUGCCUGCCCAACUGCUGGGUGGUCACCCGGCUGGACGGCCGCAACUUCCACCGCUUUGCUGAGCAACAUGGCUUCAGUAAGCCUAACGAUGACCGUGCCCUCCAUCUGAUGACUAAGUGUGCCCAGACUGUGAUGCAAGAGCUGGAGGAUAUUGUCAUGGCUUAUGGACAGAGUGAUGAAUACAGCUUUGUUUUUAAAAAGAAAAGUAACUGGUUUAAAAGAAGAGCAAGUAAGUUCAUGACUCACGUCGUCUCCCAGUUUGCCUCCAGUUAUGUUUUCUACUGGAAGGAUUAUUUUAAGGACCAGCCACUCCUGUAUCCACCAGGAUUUGAUGGACGAGUUGUCUUGUAUCCCAGUAACCAGAAUUUAAAGGACUAUCUCAGAUGGAGACAAGCAGAUUGCCACAUUAAUAACCUCUAUAAUACAGUGUUUUGGAUGCUUGUGCAGCGAAGUGGCUUGACACCAGUCCAAGCACAAGACAGAUUACAGGGAACUUUGGCUGGAGACAAGAAUGAGAUUUUAUUUUCUGAAUUCAACAUUAACUACAACAAUGAGCCCUUGAUGUAUAGGAAAGGAACUGUACUAAUAUGGCAGAAGGUUAACGAAGUCACUACAAAAAGAAUAAAACUGCCAAAGGAAACUGAAGAGAAGGAAGUUGAAGUGACACGGACCAGGACUAAAGCUGUCCCACUGCACUGUGACAUCAUUGGGGACCAGUUCUGGGAGGAGUAUCCAGAAAUCCUAGCUGAUAGCUGACCUUCCUAGUUUGAGUUCUUGUGCAAAUAACAGGAAACAACUUAUCUGCAUGAGCUUCUGGGAAGUGAGGACUGUGGGGUGAGGCUCAGAUAAUUUAACUUUGUAAUUCAUCAUCCACAUUUUGAGCAAUACUGUCUUAGAAACAUUGUCCUUGCCUCUCAUGCAGAAGCUAAAAUCAUGUUACUUUCAAAGGACAAGAGCUUUUAUAUAAAAUUACAAAAUUAACCCUUGUAAAUGCAUAUUUGCAUUGAUUUAUAACAAUAUCACCAUGCAUUUAUGUAGCAUCUUUCACAUUAAAGUCACAGGGUACUUUAUAGAGUUACUCACCUAAAGCGAUCCACUGUUUGGAACAGUUAAAAGUAGCAGAAAGAUUAUUUCUGUAGCUUUGUUUUAAACUCUGAAACAGACUAAAGACUUGGAAUAGUGCCUUGAAUCAAGUUCCAUAACCAGGGAGCUUAGUUACAAAAAUUCUCUAGCAGUCGACAUCUCAGGCCCAUAUCAAGGAUACACAAAGUAGCCCAGCAAUUUACUGUAACUAAUUUUAAAGGGUUUUUCUCAUGUGUAAAUUACUUUUGUAUUUUUUAAAGAUGCAGAAAUGUAAUUCUCCCCCUUCCACUCCCAUGUUUAUUCUUCAGACUCUAUCGUCCCUGUGGCUUUGCUAGUUAUUAGUGAAGGUCUCAAAUGGCCAAGUGUUGUAAUAAAGUUAUCAUACAGACUUCUAUCACA